AUGGGUCGAGAUCACUUGAGCAAUGACGAGUUCUUCGCUCAGCUAAACAACCUCUUCGAGCACACCCGCACAAAAGGCCACGGCAGUGUCUACCUCACCCAAAAACGCUUGACGUUUGAAUCGUCCUCUACACCGCCAACACCUACCAAACUCGCCGAUGAUCCACUCUGGGACACACAUCCUGAGCAGCCAUUACCCAUUUUGAUCCGCGUAUCAAACAACAAGAGCGACAAGCGACCGGGCACAGACAGGAAAGAUGUUGAGAAAGUCAAGCUGAGCACAAUUGUAAAGCCAGAUGAAUUAGAUGUCUUUUACGCGCGGUACGCUGAGGCGUGUAAGGCGGGAAUGUCGGGCUUGAAGAAGCGGGAUAAGAAAAAGGCCAAGAAGGUCAGGAAGAAGAAGAAGGGUGGGGAGGCGAAAGUAUGA